CACUUAUCAACCUGUCUGCCUUGGCAAUUACUCCCCCCAACACCUAAUUCUGCCGUAUUUAACCCCUCUCACGCAGCAUCGUUUUCACAAAUAAACAACUGUCAAUAUUCUAUUCAAAUCUCUCAAAAACUCAAAGUACAAGUUUUUAUAUCUUUUCAGAAACCAAGUCAAAAUGCCUAACGUGAACGUGACUCUCAAAGAGAACGCCAGCCCCGAGGAACUUGCCAACGCCAAGAAAGUUGUCCAGGAACAAGGCGGCGAAAUCAUCAAUGAAUUCAAACUGAUCAAGGGAUUCACCGCCAGCUUCCCCGCUGACAAAGUCUCUAUUCUGGAAUCCAACGAACACAUUCAUGUCGAGCCAGACGCGGAGGUUAAGACUCAGUAAAUUCGUGGCUUCAGGCGUCGGAUUACCAGAUCCUGGACUCGUGCGAAGCAUGGCUUAAGAAGAAGGGGAAUUGCCAACAUUUCAUCUCUUUAUGAAGUUACGCUAUUGCAUGGAUACCCAUCUAGCUCCCCCAAUCGCAUAUAUACUAUGUCAUGAAUCAAUGAUUAUAAAUGCUUCAAUAUAUUAUACUAGUGCCAAUUAUUGACUGAAGGAGCCUUGGUUUGAAACCACAACCCAAAUGCCUGCAUUAAUACCUUUUGUCGG